CAAAACGUGCACCCUUUGGGGUCCCGAGGACCGAGUUUGAGAAACGCUGACUUCAUCCCGGCGGAAGCUAAAGCGGUUUGAAGUGGAUAGAAAUUGGGAUGUAUUCAUUAGUUGCAGACCAUAGCAAACCAUUUUGCAACAUAAAAUGUUAUGCAAUGAAAACUAGUUUCGUUUGGACAAAUUCCUAGUGAAUACACCCAAUGGAUUAAUUUAUAGAUCGUGUCAUAACUACUUUCAAGUUUGCUUUCACCACCCCAUUUGGUAAAUUGCUCAAUCAUAAACAUAAAACUAGUGAAAAUCACCUGUAAACGCACUGAACUCUUCUUUCUCUCUGUGCCGUGUCAUUACAUAGGCACGUGGGAUAGUACGUGUACUGAGUAAUUGUUCUUAUUAUUUAGCUAUGAUGCAAUAUAGUGUAUCUAUGACCUUCAAUGAGCAUAGUCGUAUUACUAUUCUCGACUCUCUCGGCCUUCUGCUCUCAUGUCCUUUCUUCUAGCCUCGCCCCUUUGUUUUCUUCUCAUCUGGGAACGUGAACAGGCCGCUUGCGUUUCAACAGGUAGCUGGAAGACGACUGAAUACUAAGAACGGAUCAUGUUACAAUCGAACCGGAUUUGGUUGGCGGAUCGCAUCCAACCUUUAGGUGACCUCACAAGGAGAUUCCACAGGUGACCUCACAAGGAGAUUCCACAGGUGACCUCACAAGGAGAUUCCACAGGUGACCUCACAAGGAGAUUCCACAGGUGACCUCACAAGGAGAUUCCACAGGUGACCUCACAAGGAGAUUCCACAGGUGACCUCACAAGGAGAUUCCACAGGUGACCUCUCAAGGAGAUUCCACAGGUGACCUCUCAAGGAGAUUCCACAGGUGACCUCUCAAGGAGAUUCCACAGGUGACCUCUCAAGGAGAUUCCACAGUUGACCUCACAAGGAGAUUCCACUGCUCUGGUGACAGGAAGAAGAUCUGGUGUUAUGACAACUCCAGAUAUGAGUUCUCUAUUUUUUUCUUAACACUUAUUUUUCUUAAAACUGCAUUGUUGUUGAAGGGCUUGUAAGUAAGCAUUUCACUGUAAGGUUUACACAUGUUGUAUUUGGCGCAUGUGACAAAUAACAUUUGAUUUGACACAGGAGAGAGACAGCUCCAUUCAAUAACCAGUUCUUAUUGCUACUUUUACCAAGAAACAUUCAAACUCUGCUGGGACAAAAAUGAAUCGAGAGGAGGGAGCGUUGAUGGAUGAAAUUGAAAAGAGUUUAUGGAAUUUGACUGAGGACAAUUUACGUUACCUUUGUGAACGUUAUGGCCAAGAUGCAUCCGAAGUUAAAGGCAUGGAUCACCGCUCGCUGAGGCGUAAAAUCAUGGAGGAAAUGUGGGACAAUACGGAUUCAAUUAAAUUGAAGGAGCAGGGAAUGUCUUGGUUAGUCCAACUGAAGGAGGACAUCAGGAGGAUACUGGAGGAGGCUAGUGGUGCACCGUCGAGUCCCCUCCAGGCUGAGGAUGCUGUAGAGUGGAGCGGAGAGGGAAGGGCUGGGUUACCUAGCAACGAGUUGGAGGCAGAGUCCGUGAGUCCCAGACAAUCCAACGACGCUACAGACUGCGACGUGGAGGACGCGGAUUGGUUACCUAGCAACAGACUGGAGGCGGAGUUAUCUCCAGGAAGGCACACACUAGAGCAAAGAGUGAGAGGCGACACGUCUCUCCCGAAGACCCUGUGUCGUGCCUCUCCCGGUAGCGCCUUAAUUUUGGGUCUGAAGAGGAUGUCUGUGCAGCUGAUGGACUGCAGGAAAACACCGGGGAAGAAAACCCGCAAGAAAACCCACUCCUGUGCUCAGUGUGGGAAGAGUUUUGCCACAAAAGACAUUCUGGAGCGACAUCUGCUAACUCACACUGGAGAGAAACAGAAAAAUAUAUGUGCUGAAUGUGGGGGAGUAUUCAGUACAUUUUCCAGCCUUACCAGGCAUCUGAAAACUCAUACUGGAGAGAAAUGUCAUGUUUCUGAAACCACAUGCUCUGAAUGCGGAAAGACAUUCAGUACACAUUCCAGUCUUAGGAGACAUCUGCUAACUCACACUGGAGAGAAACUGUACGUUUGCGCUCGUGGGAAGAAUUUCAAUGAUCCAGGAAACUUGAAGAAACACAUCUUUAGAACUCACUCAGGAGAACAUUUUGAAGAGGAACCUUCCAAAAACAAUGUUGGUUCCUCAGAACAUGAUGUGGCCGUGAAGAAACAAGUCCUUCAUCCAUGUUCUCACUGUGGUAAGAAGUUGUCAACCAAAACAAGACUAAAGAUUCACCUGAAGACCCACACUGGAGACAAACCUCACGUCUGCCCCGACUGCGGGAAGAGUUUUGCUUUCUGUCCUUCCUUGACCAAACAUCAGAAACUUUGUCAUUCAGAGCACGGAGGAGUGAAACUGCACGAAUGUUCAGUGUGUGGGAAAGUCUUUAAUCAACCAGGAGCCUUGAGGUCCCAUCAAAGAACCCACACUGGAGAGAAACCCCACCUCUGCUCCGACUGUGGGAAGAGUUUCUGUUUUCGUUCGUCUCUGAGAAGACAUCAGGUACUCCACGCAGGAGACAGUGCGAAGCCCCACGUGUGCUCUGUCUGUGGGAAAGGCUUCAGAGAUUCUGGAUACUUAAAAAAACAUCAAUCUAUCCAUUCAGGAGAGAAACCUCACCUCUGCUCCAAUUGUGGAAAAACUUUCACGUCCUUCCUUAGCUUAACAAGUCAUUCCAAAUCACAUCGUCUAGAUAGAGACCAAUUCCAAUGCCCUGAAUGUAAGCGCCAUUUCCCAACAAAGGAAAGGCUGUCAAGCCACCAGAGGACGCAUACUGGUGAAAAGCCUUUCUGCUGCUCCCAAUGCCACAAGCGCUUCUCUCAUUCAAAUAGUUAUCAAAGGCACCUUCGUAUGCACUCCGGUGAGAAACCCUUUGUGUGUCCUCUCUGUGGGAAGCGAUUUAACGACUCUUCGAACCUUAGAACACAUGUUAGAAGACAUAAAGGAGAAAAGGUAGGAAAGACACAGGUCUCUGAGCCAUGCCCUCACUGUGGGAAGAGGCUGGCUUCUAAGGCAGGGUUAGAGACUCACCUGCGGAUCCACACUGGAGAGAAACCUCACCUCUGCGCCAACUGCGGCAAGCGCUUUACCUUCCUCUCCGCCUUAAGAAGACAUCAGAAAACGCAGCACAGAGAGCAAGUAGCAAAGCCACACGUCUGUUCUGUCUGUGGGAAAGGCUUCGUGGAGUCUGGAGCGCUGAAGAAACAUGUGGUGACCCACGAGGAGAAACAGCACCUUUGCUCCGAUUGCGGGAAGAGUUUCAGGGUGCUUCAGGCCUUGUCGAUUCAUCAGAAAACCAAGCAUCAGAAAACAAAUGAGCAAGUAAGAGAGAACAAUUCGUACCUCUGCCUUACUUGCGGCCAGGAAUUCAAUUCAAAGCAUAGAUUGGUAAUCCACGAGAGAAAGCACACAGGAGAGAAACCUUACCAAUGCUCCCAGUGUGGCAGGUGCUUCGCUGAUAAGACUAACAUGAGACGCCACCAGACGGUGCACACAGGAGAGAAACCGUUCCAAUGCGCCGUCUGCGACAUGAAGUUCUCUCAAGUCGCCUCUUUAAUACGGCACCGGCUAAUACACUCGGGUCAGAAACCGCACCACUGCACUUACUGCGACAAGAGUUUCUCUCAGUCGAACACGCUGAAAACGCACAUACUAACCCACACCGGAGAGAAACCGUACCAGUGCCCCGACUGUGGGAAGGGUUUCACUGAAAAGAAAGCCAUUAAGAAACACCAACGCGACACACACGGGACAGAAACACACAGCAUCACACUGCUUUCUCAUAGAGAUUGAGUCAAGACCGGAGCCCUCGAGCAAAGCCGUACCAAUGUCCUUACUGUAGAAAAUGUUUCUCAGAGAAAAGAGCUCUUGUGAAAAACCAGAAGACACACAGGAGACAGCACCCCCUAUUGUUUCAUUUUGAUCUGAAGGUUUAAGAAUGUUGUAAAAUAAACAUGUG